AUGAACCCAGCCGAGGGCAGCGAGGGAACGGAGGGGACCCUGGCUAGCCGUCCUGUGAACGACGAAGGCGCAGGAGCAGCCAACGAAACAGGGUCUUCAGAUGCAGCAAAUUCUUCAGAAAAGAAGGAAUGCCCAUGUAAAGGCUCAGACAUCUCUUCAGCAGAGGAGGGAGCCAAUAUCGUGCAUGCGCAACGGUUAGGAAUCGAUAUCCCCGUGGAUCCCAAUGAUGAAGAACUCUCCUUUCAGGCUUCCCGAAUUUUCAGAAUUGAAAACCUCAAGGAGCUCAAAAGACUGAGAAGGCUUGAGCUAGUUGCAAAUGAAGUGACUGUUAUUGAAGGCUUGGAGGAGCAAGGCCCCACCUUGGAGGAGCUGGUUCUUUAUCAAAACCACAUCAAAUGCAUAGACAACAUUCGGCACCUAACAAAUCUAAGGAUUUUGGAUCUAUCUUUUAACGGAAUAAGACGGAUUCAGAACCUCGAGACACUAGUUAACCUGAGGGAAUUGUUCCUCUCGAAUAACAAAAUUACUAAGAUAGAAGGCCUCUCAACUCUGACGGAACUGCGCAUGCUAGAGUUGGGGUCCAAUCGAAUUCGCUUAGUGGAGGGCAUAGAAAAUCUCACAAAGCUCACGGAGCUGUGGCUAGGGAGGAAUAAAAUAACGCGCUUGGAAUUGCCGUCUUUGCCCCUGCUAGGCCGUGUCAGCCUGCAGUCCAACCGCAUCGAGGAGUGGAAUAUCGGGUUUUUUGAAAAAUGCCCGAAACUUCGAGAAUUGUACUUGUCGCACAACAAUCUCCCGUCCCCGCCCGCAGAGAUCAACCGACUGGAGGAACUGGCGGUUCUUGAUUUAUGUUGCAACAGAAUCGACGAUCUGGAAGCUGUGGCGUCACUUUCGAAGCUGCAGGACCUGUGGCUGAAUGACAACAAGCUGGAGACACUUGAAAAGAUCCGCUGUUUGCAAGUUCUUCCAUCUUUGGAUACGCUGUACCUUGAGCGGAACCCCCUACAGGCCAAUCUGGGUCCAGGGUAUAGACAGGCAGUUACAGACCUCUUGCCGCGACUCUCGCAGUUGGAUGCCAUUUCCCUUAGUGCUACCGUCCACAUUGUGCAGCAUGAAGGGAACGAAUCCCGAGUCAAGCCAAUAUUAAAGCGCUGA